CGCGGGGACGGCCGCGGGCGGGGGUCUGUUCAACGUUCGGGCUGGGGGCGGGGGCCUCGCCGCGCGCGGAGCUGGGGGGCGACGCAGGGCGACCGCGGGGAGCCCAAAGGUGAGCGGGCCGGGAGCGCCGGGCUCUGCCGCGCGGGCACCCGAACCCCAGCCCGGCCCCGGAUCUCGCGGCUGGGUCCGGAGAAUGGGCCCAGCGGCCUUGGGAAAGGGCGCCCCCUGCUGGUGACAGGUGACCCGGGCCGGGCCGCGCGGGUGGGCCCGGGCGGGGGAGGGGUGGGGCGCCGCAGCCCCUCAUCCCCCUAUCCGGGCCCUGCGGCUCCCCCAGGGCCUGACUCAGAGCCUCGCGGGCCCCGGACCCCGCAGCCCAGGCCAGCGGUACCCUGCGGUGGCGGAGCGGGGGGACGUGUCACUCCACCCUCGCUCCCACUCUCCACGGAGCCGGCCGUGCAGGGGGAAGGGGAGACGUGGGGUGGGCGGUGGAGAGGGCGCACCCCCAGGGAAUCAGUCUUGUAAUCUCACUCCGCCUCUCCGCAUCCACCCCCGCCCAUCCAAACGUCCAAAGCACCCCUCACGGUGGAAGGGGGAACCAGGGCUAUCGCCCUGCGGUGGAGUCAGGCCCCUCCCUCUAACGACUGUCUCCCCGGGUGGGGUCAGCGAGGCGGCAGCCCGGGGCAGGUGGGAGGGAAGGUGGUGGCAGGGCUCGUGCAGACAGAGGGGAUGGGACUUUAUUGCUUAUCGUUCUGGAGGUACCACAGAGCGCCCUGCCCGGGCUCCCCGCCCCAGCAGGGCUGUAACACCAAAGGGAAAUGGGAUUCUGCCAGCCCAGCACAGGCUGGUCAGCGCCAUCGGCUUCCUCUGGCCUAGGGGAAAAGCGUGACUUUCAAAAAUCAACUCUCUUCUUUUAAAAAGCACGAUUUCCUUUCUAACCAGCUUCCGAUAGGUUGGGGAGGUGCUUGGGGUGGGUGUUUGCGGAGGACAGUCACAUUUGCAUGAGAUGCCCCGCCCUCCAGGUGGCCGGCGUGGGAGAGCUCAGGGUGUGCGGAACCCGGAGGCCCCUGCCCAGCCCUGCCAGCCCCCCGGCCCACCUCUGCCUUCCCAGGGCCCACUCCGCAGGACCACCUGUCCCCACCAUUUCAAUUCUUGCCUGGACCGCCACCAGGCCCGCUGUCUAACAGUGCGCUCCCCCCAGAGUUCAUCUUCCGAGCCAACUCUGACUGGCAGGACAUGUCCCUGCCCAGAAACAGCUAAGAAGCACCCCCCCGCCGCCCCAAAACUAAGUCCAACACCUCAGCUGCCCGCUGCAGCCUCUGCCUGCUCGGCCACCCAGCCCUCCCCUCUCAGGCCCGUGACAGAGAACAGGAGGUGCAGGAAAGCCUUCGUGCAGCUGCCUUCCUGCCCAGCCCAGGGCCGCGUGGUGCCGUGGGAAGAGCAUGGCCCGAACACCCAGCUGAACCCGCGCGUGGACCAGGCGUGGCAUCGCCUCCCUCUGGGUCGGCCUGGGCGGGCAUCUGGGGCUCAGUGAUGCUCAUGGUGGUUUAGGGACUGACCGUAAACCAGAGGAGCCAGAGGAGGGGCCUCCGAGACCCUAGUGGUGUCUUUGAGGAAAGUGAGUCCCAGAGUCCCAGAGAGGGAGGUGACUGUACCCAGCCUCUGCUCCCCGCCCCACCACACACACCAGUUCAUCUCCUUCCUGUGCCCUUUCCUUCGCGCGGGCGGCGGCGGGGGGGGGCCUGCAGGGCCAGGCUCAGCCCACCUGGGGGAAACCUCAGAUGGGGCGCCCGGAGCAUGGGAGCAGAGAGCUCCCAGCUCCCCAGACCCCUGGCUGUGCACACAGAUAGCAGCCCCGCCCCCGUCCCCUGGGCUUGCCACAGACCAUCAGUUCCCGGCUGGGGGCUCCCGGGAAUCCCUCUCUGGGCCUCCCCGGCUCCCAUCCACAGCCAGGGCAGGAACGGUGAUCGGCUCCACUGGCGUGUGGGGGGGCUGCUCCAGUCCCCCCACCAUCUGGGUGCCUAGUAGGGCCACUGUCUUGGGAGCCCUGGAGGCUGUCUGCACUAGCGGUUUAGUCCCCGGCAGGGGAGUGACCCCCCUCUUAAGUGCAGGCCCCGGCCCCACCCUGAGGAGGACCAUAGUGGCCCCUGCCUGCUGGGCACCUGCACCCCAGUGGACCCCCAAGCCACCACGGCUGGCUCCCCGUCUGGCACGUGAGGUCACUGAAGGCCACAAGGGCACAGCCAGCUGGGGGGGGGUUCCGCCCCGCCACUAACACCCCAAUUGCAGACUGAGGCGGGGAGUACAAGCCCUGCCCUGUGGGAAGGGCACCAACCCAGCCAGGGGACGGAGACGUAGUCCAGAUGCCCGCCCUGGGCCCCCACCUUCCCCAGUGAACUUGACCAAGCCCAGCGCUGCCCAGGUGUCCCUCUCCCCAGGCAAGGGCUUCAGCUUCUGUUCCCAGACCCCGGAUGUCGUGGCCCUUCUGUGGCCCCUGGGCGGGCUGUAUGUGGCUGGUGAGGGGCCGGCCUCCCUGUCCAGGUGGGAUGGGGGCGGGGAGAGCUGACACCGCCCGUGGAGGCUCUGCCGCUGCGGUGAGAGGUCCCAACAAAGUGGGUGAGCUGGGCGGGUGUCACGGAACCAAGAGGACAGUCUCCACGAGGGGCACGGGCUCGAGGCGGGGUCUGCAGAGGGACUUCCAGGGUUGUGCUUUGCACUUCAGGCCAUCCUGAGGAGAAGGCCAUUCCAUCCGGAAACACAGGCCAUGUGGGGCUCCCAGGAGCUGCUCCUGCUCUGGUUCCUGGUGCUGGCGGCGGGUGGCACCGAGCACGUCUACCGGCCUGGCCGCAGGGUGUGUGUCAUCGGGGCUCCCAGGGGCCCCGUGUCCGAGUCCUUUGUGCAGCGUGUGUACCAGCCCUUCCUCACCACCUGCGAUGGGUACCGAGCCUGCAGCACCUACCGGACCCUCUACAGGACUGCCUACCGCCGCAGCCCUGGGCUGGCCCCCGCCCGGCCUCGCUAUGCCUGCUGCCCCGGCUGGAAGAGGACCAGCGGGCUGCCCGGGUCCUGUGCAGCAGCAAUAUGCCAGCCACCAUGCCAGAAUGGGGGGAGCUGUGUCCAGCCCGGCCGCUGUCACUGCCCUGCAGGAUGGCAGGGCGACACCUGCCAGACAGAUGUGGAUGAGUGCAGGGCUGGAAGGGGCGGCUGUCCCCAGCGCUGUGUCAAUACCGCGGGCAGUUAUUGGUGUCAGUGCCGAGAGGGGCACAGCCCAUCUGUGGACGGGGCACUCUGCCUGCCCGGGAGAGGGGCCCCCAGGGUGGCCCCGAACCCCGCGACAGGAGUGGGCAGUGAGGUGAAGGAGGAAAUGCAGAGGCUUCAGUCAAGGGUGGACGUGCUGGAGCAGGUUCUUGCAAGAAGGAGGUGUGACAGUCCGACCCAGGCCCCCGCUCUGGCCACCAAGAGUCCGAGGACACCGGCCCCACCCUGCCCUGCCCUGGGCCCUGCCCUGCCACCUCUCCCACCAGGAAGGCCCCCCCGCUGCCCCGCGUGGGGAGGGGGCAGUGCGGGCCCUCCUGUGCGAAUCCAGCCCCAGCCCAGCCAGCACUCUGGCCUUGUGAGCAGAGCCCGGCCAGACCCCUGCGCCCCCGCAGCCGGCUCUGGGGGCCUGGUGGGCCCACGGCUGAGGAAGGUACGAGGGCUUCCUGCCCAGGGCCUGGCCCCUGUGCUGCUCACCAGGCAGCCCUGAUCAUCAUCAGAAUAAAAUAAGACUUGA